CUUAGAAAUCAGCUGUAUAACCUAACCCCCUCUCUUCCUCACCAUGUACCUAGCUACAACACAAUCAUUUCAGAGAAACGCUGAAGAACGUCGGUCAUGUAACCCGUACGUACGUGCGCAGUCCGUACGACCAAAUGGGCGUCGCCGACAGCCCGAAUCAGGUGCCCUUCCAGAGGGUCUCAGUCAGCGGCAUACACGUCACCGGGGUUCCCCUGGAGGACCUGAUCAGGGCAGCAUCGCUGCUGAUCUCUGCUCUAGGGCUGAGGCAACACUACAUGGAAGUGUCGGGGCAGUCGUUCUACAAGUCAGUGGCGCAGUACUUGUCUGGACGUGGUCUGCCCCAACGCAACAUCAGAAACAAGAAUCACUACUCCAUGAUCUUUGAUAAAGCACUCAAGCAGAUUGGCACGGAAGAGGCGGAACGCUAUCUGCAGAUGACGAUCUGCUCCUCCGACGAGGCCCUCGACCAGCCCUCGGCUCACGAUGGCUACUCUCCACAGCACUCCUUCAGUCACGUGAACGAGCUCAAUGCGACGAGCUUUAUCCACCGCGCGAGUGCACCACGAUCCUCCAUCGAGAGCCACGAGGACCUUGCCGAGCCACUCACACCAAUGGAUCUUGACCCGUGGGCGUGCCCGAUGCCGUCGGACCGGCGGUACGAGUGCCGGUGGCGGCGCGGCGUGGUGCGCGUGUACCGGGACGCGGCCGCUGAGGUCCCGCUGCCGUACCGCUACGUACCCUUCACGCAGUACGUGGAGGAUCUCAACCGCCUGUCAGACAUGAUCAGCGAUGGGCCGCUUAAGUCUUUCUGCUAUCGUCGGUUGUCGUACCUGUCUUCAAAGUUCAAGAUGCACGCACUGCUCAACGAGCUACACGAACAGGCGUUGCAGAAAGCAGUGCCUCAUCGGGAUUUCUAUAAUGUCAGGAAAGUGGACACCCACAUCCACGCGGCGUCAUGCAUGAACCAGAAGCACCUGCUGCGGUUCAUCAAGCGCACGCUGCGUCAACACGCUGCCGAGGUGGUGACGCUUCACAAGGGCGCGCCCAUGACCUUGCGCGCGGUGUUUGAGGAGAUGCAGCUCGACGCGUACGACUUGAACGUGGACAUCCUUGACGUGCAUGCGGAUAGGAAUACAUUCCAUCGUUUCGACAAAUUCAACGCAAAGUACAAUCCAGUGGGAGAGAGUCGGCUGCGCGAGGUGUUCCUCAAAACGGACAACCAUAUGAAUGGGCAAUACUUCGCCAGUAUCAUCAAGGAAGUGAUAAUGGACUUACGAGAGACGAAGUACACGUACGUGGAGCCGCGUUUAUCCAUCUACUGCAAGAACAGAAACGAAUGGGACAAACUGGCGUCGUGGGCGUUGAGGAACGAUGUGCACUCGCCCCACGUGCGCUGGCUGGUGCAAGUGCCCCGCCUAUAUGACAUCUACCGCAUCAACAAGCUGCUGAAUAAUUUCCAAGAGUUCCUGAACAACCUUUUCGACCCGCUGUUCCAAGUGUCUAUUGAUCCGAAUUCGAAUCCUGAACUUCAUAAAUUCCUCACGCACGUGAUCGGCUUUGACAGCGUGGACGACGAGUCGAAGCCUGAGAACCCUCACCUGCACGCUGCGAUGAAGACGCCGGAGCACUGGGAUGAUGAAGAGAACCCCCCAUACGCGUACUAUCUUUACUAUAUGUACGCCAACAUGGUCAUGCUCAACCAACUGCGCAAGGAGCAAGGUUUAAACACAUUCGUGCUGCGCCCUCACUGCGGGGAGGCGGGCCCUCCCACGCACAUGUGCGCGGGCUUCCUGCUCGCAGAGAACAUCUCCCACGGGCUCAUACUGAGGAAGGUGCCAGUGCUGCAGUACAUGUACUACCUAGCGCAGAUCUUCAUUGCCAUGUCGCCGCUCAGUAACAACUCGCUGUUCCUCCGCUACCACCGCAACCCGCUGCCGGACUUCUUCGCGAAGGGGCUGCGAGUCACGCUGAGUACGGAUGAUCCGCUGCAAUUCCACUACACUAGGGAGCCGCUGAUGGAGGAAUACAGUAUUGCAGCGCAGGCUUGGAAACUGAGCUCGUGCGACAUGUGUGAACUGGCACGUAACUCUGUGCUCAUGUCAGGAUUCCCUCAUGAGAUGAAGCAGUACUGGGUGGGCGCCGAUUACCAGGAGGACGGCCCGUGCGGUAACGACAUCACUCGCACCAACGUGCCCGACAUACGCAUCUCCUUCCGGCACGAGACGCUGCUCGACGAACUGGGCAACUUGUUCAAGGUGUCCGCUGACUAGCAGACCGGCGCGAAAGUCGGUUGUUAUAUCCCGGCAAAUAUCUUGAGCAUACAAUUUAGACAACGAACCCUACGCAGUACCAAUUUUGGCGUAUAAAACAUAUUUAUCUAUGGUUUUACUAUAGCCCAACCG